CAUACGGUCACACUCUCAAAGAGCAACAAAACGCGCGCGUUGCCGGCAACCGUCGAAAACUCCAAUUAUUUGCGAAAUUGCUAUUAAAAUUUGUAGAAUUAAUUUAAAUUAUUGGUAACCGGUCGAUGGUUCGACAACUUUAACUGGAAACAUGUCCGCCAGCUCCUCCAGCAACGCUUGCAAGCUUUUGCUGCUCGGUCGUUGUCUGCGCGCCGUGCUCCUCAGCGUGGCCAUCCAGUUCCUUCUGCUCACGGUGUUCCUGCUGUCGGUGAACUUCCAGCUGCUGCAUCCGCUCUCCUGGGUGACGGGAACAUUGCGCCUGGUGGCCAGCUGGUACACCUGGUUCGCCAGCAUCCCGCUGGUUGCCUCCGUUGUCCUGUACGGCGUCUCCCUGUGCCAACAACACCUGUCGGAGCGGCCCUACUGCCCCACCCGCUAUCGCUGGCUGCUCCACUACGGUCCCCGUAAGCUGCUCCUCCUAGGAGCCCAUCUCCUGGUCGGAUUCCUCACCGCGUGGCUCUACACGGGCUAUCUACACACGGACUACCAACAUUUGCGGUACAAGUGCUAUGGCCAGGAGUGCAUAAGUGCCUACCAUGUCUAUCUGCUGGGCAUGGGCAUUACGGCCGGCUGCUACUACUUCGUCUCCGUCCACAUGCGUCAGGAGGUCUCCAUUGAAUUCCCCAUUGUAGAGCAAACCCGGGGCGAGAAGCUGCGUGAACUACUUUACGCCAGUUUGGCCCGAUCUCUGGUCAGAUCCCUGCUACCCACGCUCAGCUACACCCUCGUCUUUUGGCUCUUUGGACCCCUGAUUUGCCACAGACUCAGCCACAUCCUCUCUGUGGACUUGGACGAACGGCUGGAGGGUUUCUUCGGAGUCGCCACUAAUGUACGUCUGCUUUUCUAUGGCUAUUUGCUUACUGUCCAGAUUCUGAGUAAUAUGCACCUCAUGCGCUGCUUCUACGGCAUGGUACUCUCCGAAGAUCUGCCUUUGGUGGUGUCCAAACAGCGAGCGGCCUUUGCCCACGAACAAGAGGUGACUAUGGUCGCUGGGCUCGGAGUCUUCAACGUUUAUGUUGUACAGUGCCUGGCUGCUAACUACUUCUACAAGUUGGCCCUGCGAAAGGAUUCGCCGCAGCGGGCGGAGAUAUUCCAGCUUACGGAGCCGGGGAACCGCCCAGCGAAUUGGCGCACCCUCUGCGACCAGUGCCUGAGUAUUCUGGGCAGCUUCACCGAGGAACUUACCGAGUCCAUGCAAAAGAUCAGUGUGCUUAAUGGUGCCCAGAGCCUACCAAUGCCAAAGAUUAGCGAAUCGAUUACAACCAGUUUUAUGGCCGAAAAGCUACUGAUGCGACAGUACAACCAGAUGCACGGCAUCCGACCCAUUGUGUCGCCCAGACGCGAGGAUGCAGUGGAUAGACCGGCGGAUGGCAUUCGUCAUGUGCCAAAUUGGUGCGAGCGCGUCUCCAAGCAGUUGGAGCAGUCCCUGCAGCGUCUGGCUCAGCGAGUGCCCGGAAUUGUGUACCUCUUUGAAGAACCCGAAGGCGCCAAAACGACGUUCCUCCUGGCAAACUCCCUGCCCGUGGUGUACUUGACUCAAGCCCUGGCCCAGAUUUGCGUGGCCUCGCUCAAAGAGGAUCCAUAUGGGGUGGUGCAGAACGAUCUGCCAGCCAUUAUCAAGGCGAUAAACAAGCUACGAAAUGAGCUGGAAAAGCUGAGCAGUGUGAUAGGCAACAUCAAAGUACCUAGCUCCAACUUUAAUGUCCUCCGAUGUGCUGUGCGGCGCAGUUUGUACGCUAUCUGCAAUUCCUUCUGUGACUACCUCGGCGAUAUUCUGCCGCCCGGCGAGGAGUUGCGCCAGUUGCAGGCCCUCGUCUGCCAGGAGUAGAACCCAUCCAUCACAUUUAAAACUUAUCUUGUACACUGUUUUUCAUCUCUUUCAUUAGUUGUUGUCUGCGGUAACAAUAAAAUUAAUAAAUAUAACUACAAACGUA